ACUGGUCGAAAAGCUGAAGCCUCAAUAGUAAAUGAAUGGUCACCAUGUCCAGUACCAGACAAAGAACAUCACAAGCCACCCUCAGGAACUCACACGUCAGGACAGCUGGGGGAAAGAAGUAAGAAUACAAACACUGUAUUUCAAUCGUGAUCCUCAGACAGUCCAGAAGCCUCGCGUAGACUUCAUCCUUCUCUUCAAAGUUGAAUCCGUGCGACCAUUUGUAGGGUCCAAAAUUUAGUCUAGCGAAUUUAUUUUUAUAUGGCUACCACAUGAAGGGUAUUAAUCCUCUGCCAAUGCUCCCUUCUUCAAGGGUCGUGGGUAAGGUGUGCGUGUUGUACACUGUAGCUAUCCAAAGCAGGAGCCCAUCAUCGGCCAGUAGUACUUGUCUUAAGGCAUUAGACCUUUAAGCUAUUUUUACAUUUCUUUUGCUGUUUUCACAAAGACCCGUUUCAUCGUAUAUGACAGAUGACCUUCUACGUGGAAGCUUCUCCGCCCUCACAUCGGUCCAAGAUUAGUCGGUUGGUUGAGCUCUAUAUGCUUGAAACGCCGAAGAUUUCAUCCGCCAUUGCUGGAAAUCCUUUAUUCUGCUCUAAUUCUUUGACUGCGUUUUUUGACGCAAAAGAUGAACCUUUUUAUAGCCUGAAAAUGUAUCAAUCUGUGACACAGGCUUUUUAGAAGAGAUCCUGAGCUGGAUGAUGGACCUUUUUUGUAAGAGAAUAGCAUUCUCAAUAUCUGGUAAGAGUGAAGCUCUCCUAAACCAAAUUUAGAUACAACAUUUUGAAUCAUUGUUUUUGUUUUUUAGUUCAGAUUUUGGUAAGGACAAUGUCUGGGGAAGAGUUCAUGUUAGCUGUUCACUCAAGUGAUUCAGUUAGGAGUGCCAAAGCUAACAUCUUUGAAUCGAGAGGACACCCCCCUAGCACACAGCGCCUUAUCUUUUGUUGGAAGAACCUCGAAGACCACCGCACUCUGGAAGAUUAUGGCGUUAAUGAGGAAUCUACUCAACAAACACCUGUACACUUAGUUCUAAGACUUCGAGAUAAGCAGUAA